UCGUACACUUCUCCACACAAGUCGCAAUUCCUCCCAAGUUUAUCAAACUGUUCCCAAGCUUUUCGUGUUCGAAUCUUCUUCUUCCUUUUUUGUCCCUUUGAAAAGCUAAGGAAUUGCUGAAUUGGGGUAUUACAUGAAACCUUCUGCAAGUGGUUCAUAAGUUUCCUCUUCUCUGUUCUUCUUAGAACAAAUAAUCAAAUAGAACCACCUUGAAGUUGAGACAAGAGUAAUGGCAGCCCUAUAGUAAUUAGACAAUAUCAGGACAAAUUACUAUUCAAGAGAUAUUAUGAUCACUAUGGAUGUGAAAGGUAUAAAAUGGGUUGGAAAUAUGUACCAGAAAUUUGAGAAUAUGUUCCUGGAGGUGGAAGACGUGAUGUACGAGGAUACAGUUAAAUACAUAGAGAAUCAGAUGCAAGCUGUUGGGGAAAGUGUUAAAAAGUUAUAUUCAGAAAUUGUGGGAGAUUUACUUCCCCCAGAAAAGGUAGGCAUUGAAUUGCCUAUAGAUAAGCGUGCGGAUGCUGGGCUCUGUAGGAAGCCAUUCCAUGUAUAUAAGGAAAGACAUGCAAAAGCUGAUACCAAGCAAAGAACUGAGGAUUCAAGGAUUGUUCAUGGUGUUGAUAAUGUUGCAACACUUGCUGCUUUAUAUGAUGGAACUUCCAAGGCUGAUGCUUCAUCCAUGUUAUCUUUGAGAAAUUCUGUCAAAGAAGGAAAAUUUAGUUCACCUUCAAGACAGUAUGUUCGAAGAAUGGAUGUUAAAUCAAACGUUCGUAUUGAUGAAAAUCCAGUAAAUAAGAAAAUGGAUGCGACCAAGAUAAUCAACAAAACCAAUUUGGCAGAAACAGAUGCAUGCAGGACAUCACAAUCUUAUGAGAUCUCAAACAAAAAUCAAAAUCAGAAUCAUGGAGUUACUAUUGCAAAGCCAGCUUCAGAAGAAGUGGCAAGGCUUGCCUCUGACACACACUGUUCUAAUGAAAUUGAAAAUUCUUGUACCAAACAGUUCCCCAAUGUUCCACUACUACUUAAAUCAGCUGAAGAGAAACCGGUUGAUACAAUUUCUUCUUCCUCUUGUGCCCCAUUUGGAGAGCCAGUUGAACAAGGCCAUGAAACCAUGCAAGAAGAUCAUCUGAAGCUUGAGGAAGCCUGUGUUAUGGUGAAUGGAGAUGAAAUUCAAUUACCUCCCAAAGAAGGUGGUAAUUUAAAUACUAAAAAGAAAAAGGCACGGCAAACCUUUUCUUUGUCUAAGAAGUCUGCAAGAAAGCAAGAGUAUAAGGAGCUUGUAGCAUGGCAUAUGAACAGUGAAAAAGUAAAGGGAGAUUGCAUGAAGAAUUUAGAUCCAACUUUACCACAAGAACAAAACAAAUUACUGCUUCCUAGUAUGUCUGAACCAGAAUGGGAGCUUCUCUAAUUCUAAAUGCCAGGAUGAUCAAGUUGUGUUGAUACACAAAAGCCAAUCCUACAAGUUUGGAUUCACUCAUAAGUCCUUGUGGAGAUUAAGAUGCCCAACUGGAAAUUUAAGAUGCUGAAAUGAUAUAAAUUCAUACAAUACUUAUGCUAUCUUUAGUUCUUUCCUAGCUCCUGAACUUUCCUACACAACCUUUUUCUUUUUCCUGCUCACAGAAAAUAGAAAAGGGUAGCUGUAAUUAGGCCAUUGAAAUGAGAAUGUCUAAUAGAAUAAAUGAAACUGUUAUCUAUUUUACAAAUACUGAACGUUUUUAUUUACAUAUUCUCCACUUAUUGCCUUGCCAUUGUCAAUGACACGCCCUUUCUGAUCGAUUUA